AUGAUUCUACGGAACAACGUGAUCGAGAUACCCAGUGACGACGAGUCCGACGACGCCGGGGCUGAUGACGGUCACUCAUUCCGCCUCAAAGCCGUCUGCGCGGGGGACUCUUGUUGGCAGGGUCUCAGGUGUCCCAGGCAUCCCAACCCAUCGACAAAGAUAUAUCGCCGGGAACAGCAAGCCAAAGAGCUCACGGCCAAGGGGGACAGCCCCGUCUGCCCCCCGCACACUCUGCCUGGUGUCGAUUCCGAAACGGCUGUGACAGAGCAGAAGCGCUGUAGCCGGCCUCCGAUUACUGCGUGCUCUACUAGUAUAGUCGAUGACAACGAGUCUCUUCCAAAUGGAGGGAGUCGCGAAAGUUCCAUUUGUCGGGGACCUAUUUGUCAUGGCCUGGGCGGCGAGUCCGACCCAGCUACCACCAAAGCAAUCGAGUAUCGGCCCAACCGCCAAGCCCAGGAUGAGCGGCACGAUAUACGUCAGGACUACAACACCCAUUUCGAGACCGGCAAUCUCCCUCCCCAUUCCCCAGUUCUAGACAACGGAGAAGAGCAGAAUGAGGAGGAGCUUGCCGUGCCGCCACCGCUGCAGGAGAGUCGGGCAAGCGCACCAGCAUUAACGGACGACAAGACGAACAGCGAAUUCGAGCUGGCCAGUACCGAGCCAUCUAUACAACCAUCAACCAGCCGAGAUCUUGUCCAACCUCAGUGCGAUGUCGGUCAUAGUCCACAUCGGGAUGCCAACAAUGUUGGAGAAUGUCCUCCCUCUAUAGGCACCGCCGCCGACCACAGCAAGAACGAUGUCGAGCCUCCGCAACGCAAGCGCCGAAAGUUAAUCACUACUGCCCUUACAACCGUUGGAACAGCAUCUCAACAGCAGACACCUCUAUACUGGGGCGACACACAAGAGCCUCAGACAUCCCCCCAGCGGCCAAGUCGUCAGCGCAACCAUAGUAGUCCCAACUCGCCACAGUCGUCUUUCCUAAACUCGCUUCGCCGAGCCCGAAGCCCAUACAGCGCCGUCUCCAUCCUUAGAGUCGAAACAUUGCCGCAACCCACCAGCUGCCGCCUCUCCUCAUCAAAUGAUCGUCGCGGUGACAGCGAUGAGACAAGCGACCCAAAACAUCCUCGUCCAUCGCUUCUAGACGACAGCGGAGAGCAAAAGGAUGAGGGUCUGUUUAUACCGCUCCAGGCCGAGGAGAGUGUGGCGGGCAUCCUGAGAUUGCCGGACGAUGAGGGCAACAACCAUGGUGAGCUGGCUGAUGCUGAGCUAUCCGUCUAUCCAUCCAUACAAUCACGCGCCAGCCAGGACCGGGCCGAACUCCAUCACAACAUUGUCCGUCCAACUUGCAGUACGGAUGUUGAAGACAGCCGCAGCCCUAUUAACGACAGCGUUAGAGAGCAAAGCCGGGAUAACGCCAUACCGCUACCGCGCAAGCGCCGCAGGCUAAGCACUUCGACCAUUGCAACCAACAAUGCGGAACGUGAGCGGCGGGCCCAUGUGCGUAUCGCCGAGUCCCGGUUGCGACCGGCUCAAAAACCAACAAUCCAACGCGGCAUCGGCCUCGGUCGGCAUCGUGGAGCCAAUAAUAAGGAGGACCGUCGUCCCAUUAUAGGUAGUAGUACCGCCGAGCCUUGGGAGGAUAAUGAUGAUAUUGUCCAAGUGCCGCAACGCAAGCGCUCUAGGAAGGCAUUGCAACCUUUACAACGAGCGGAACGGCCUCUCAGCAGCAUCCAAGCCCUUACUACAGCAAAUCCCCAUUACCAGGGGCUCAGAAAUCAUCCCGGCGUCCAACCCGCCAAGAUGACAUUGGCAUACCCGACCCACCAUCCGGGUUACAAUGGACGGUUCACCGCCGACUUUGUGGCGCAGUUCACCUGGGGGCCAUGUGCAAUUCAUGGAAUGGAACAGCAUGGAAAGGAGAAUCAAAUUGCCGUGUCCUCAGUCAAGAAGACAGCCAAGAAGCACAGCCCGGCUACAGAGAGGGUUGUAAGAUCCACGAAAAACAAGGACACAACAGCGGACCGCAAGCCGACUUCAACCUCACGAAGGGCAAAAUACACCACAGAGGACGACGCGAAGAUCCGCCUGCUAAGGAACCAAGGACUGUCUUGGCUCGAGAUUGCCGAGCGGUUCCCGGGACGUACUCCUAAGGCUAUUGAGGUAAGGUAUCACACCAAGCUCAUAGCCACCAACACCCCUCAAAGCCGGUCUCGGCACUUGUAUAAUUCCGCUCCAACGCCUCCAGUGGUUCAUGAUGCUAGCGACGAAGAGGGGGAGGCUCACAAGAACGUGGUGGGCAGGCAGGCGCUUGACGAGCAUGGACGCCGUCAUACCAGAACCAAUAUAUGGGAAGUCGACAGGUUGCUUGGCAGAUUGGACGCGAGGUAGGACAACUUGGUACCUGGUGAGGUGGGCGGGGCUUGGAGAUGAGCACAAUACAUGGGAGGAGAGGAAAAAUGUAGGUGAUGAUUUGGUCGCAGAAUUUGAGGCGGGUUUCGAAGGAAACGACUUUGCGAUACAGCGGUUACUCCAAAAACGGACCCACCGCGGGAGGACGGAAUACCUUGUAGAAUGGAAGGGGCCGUAGAAUGAGACUACAUGGGAACUGGAGGUCAACAUAAGCCCUCUCCGAAUCAGGGAGUUCGAGUAGAACAGUUAGCCUCUCGAAAGAGCUACGGCUUCCCUGAACUGAGAUAGCGAUGCUAGUACCGCAAGCAAACAACUUGUCUCUCUU